UGAAGGUGCCGCUUGUCGUGCCUCUUGGAGAUAAGAUAAAGAAACCGGCAUAUGCAGCGAGCGGAAGGGUACACUGAAACAAACCGCUGAAAGAACAAAAGCGUUCACAAUGGAACACAAAUCAUUCGUCAGCGGGAAUCGACCCGCGGUCAGUUCAAUUCUGUCGGCGGCGUCGGCCGGUUGUGCUUCGCUGUUCGAAGGUUGUAGCACCAUGAAGGCUGGUAUUCUGUUCGGAGCUCUCGCGCUGGCGUGCCUGAUGGUGGCCCUGGUCGGUGGGAGCGCAUCGGUUUCGAAGUGUCCGCGAAACGCCGAAGUACGCCGGGUGAUACUGGACGUGGACGCCGGUGGAGAUGAUGCCUGGGCGUUGAUUUUGUUGCUGAUGAACGAACAGAGGUACAACAUUUGUGUCGAGGCAGUAACCUGCACCCACGGCAAUGCUGCCGUAUCGGAUGUGGCAGUGAAUGUGUUGCGCAUUCUGGAAGGUCUAAAUCGGCUCGACGUUCCGGUGUUCCUGGGUGCCGCGGAAUCGCUAAUUACAUCCACGGCCAACGGAAACGAUUCUCUCCAUUUUUGGGGCAAAAAUGGGUUUGGCGAUGCUGAGUUCGAUUCGGAUCCUUCUACGGACCACCUGGGAUCGGUCCACGCAGUCCAGAAGAUGUACGAAUUGUUUACUUUGCACCCCAACAAAAUUACGCUUCUCGCGGUGGGACCUCUCACGAAUGUGGCGCUGCUGUUCCGGAUGUACCCGGAGGUGAGGAGCAAAAUCGAAGCCUUGUACAUACUGGGAGGCAAUAGACACGGAGUAGGCAACACGGCAGUAGCGGCAGAGUUCAACUUCUACAACGAUCCAGAAGCGGCCAACAUUGUGCUCAGCAGUUGGCCGAAGAUCGUGAAUGUGGUUCCCUGGGAGACGGUGGAUUUGUUGGGAUCGGCGUUCUUAACCCAGUGGCGCUUUGAUACGUUCGCCGAGACGACGAACCCUGCCAUUCAGAUGCUGAAUCGGAUUGAAGCGAUUGUUUAUGCCGGACAUACGGAGUGGACACCGUGCGAUAUGUAUGUGGCGGCCAUCUUCCUUAACGCCAGCAUCAGCACGUCGGUCGUGACGCAUCGGGCCGAGGUAGAGCUCAAUGGGCGCGUGACCCGAGGAAUGAUGGCCAUUUUGCAUCACAUCAAAGAGGAAGAGCAACACAAUGUGGCCAUCAUCGAUCGGAUCGACGACGAUCAGGUGCGGCGAAUGAUGGUGGCCUUGAAGGACUUUCCGGAGAAACUGGAGCGAAGUCGAUGCAAACGAUGCUGAUUGGAAAUCGAGGAAGGAUUGCAAAAAGGAUACAUUUACUUAACAAACUCACGUUUAGUGAGAUGAGUCCAUUCACACUGGUGAGUGCAUCUUAUCUCACGUUUCAUCUCAUUCGCUUUCAGGCUAACUUUGAUCAAACCAAUUUGAAAAAAGUUCUUUGUGAAUUAUUCCAACGUUUUCUGUGAGUAACAAAAAAAAGGAUUAAAAUCGUGUACAUUGCGAAUCACAUUAUCUGCUCCGUUCCCUAUUCAAGAUACAAUGUAUGGCGCGCAUAUUGCCACUUCUUUGGCCGGCGGCCACUAAUUAAAUAAUUUAAUAGCAAACACGAACUGUGUCUGCGGCGUGCCCGGUUCCGGUUUUGUGUUUGUGCAUUUCAUUACCAUUUUUGUGACCUUUAUGAGGUAAUCCACUAACGAAGCGUUUGUGGUAAGAGCUCCGUGCGGUUGUGGCUUGUGGCUACCACAUUUUUUUAUCUCCUAAUGUGCAAAACUUGUCUUGUACGCGGCCAACGUGGCGAACAAAUAAAUCUCUGUAUUUCAUUGAGAUGCAUAAUGCAAAAAAAACGCAAAUGAAAUCAUCACCACCGUGCUGCAUCCGGGAGGAAGGCACCGAGGACGGUGGGUCCGUGACGGCGUGCGUGGUGCCUGUUUGUUUUUAAUAUUCUUAUCUAAACACAGAAAUGUCUGAUCUAUUAUGAAAUUAUAAAAUUCGAAACGAAACAUCACGUGCGCCGGAGAGUACUCGGAAUGGUGACAGGUUCGCAUCCUCUCGGCCGGGCGCAAACGUGCGAAAAGCAUUCAGAAAACACCAGCCACAACAUCGUGUAAAUGCCGCCACGCAUCUGAGACCGGGAAAAAGGGCGGCCAACGUCUAAUAAGCAGCUACGGAAUCAAACAAAAAGGAUGAAAAACAUGAAAAGAAACAGUGACAAUAAAAAAAUGGGAGAUGAAUAA